AUGAGCAUGUCAAAUGGCCUGGGAGAUCUAAACAACUCCCAAUCCAAUCUGAUGAAACUGGCCACUCUCAACUCAUCCUUCCAACAACAACAAUCCAUCGACCAAGACAUGGGCACCUUUGAGAAGAAACUUGCCGCCGAAGCCGAAGCCUUCGAGAGAGCCUUGAUCGAGGAAACCUCGCAACCUCUCCGUCGUGCACUCCAACGUUACGAAUUCUAUACGCGCCAAGAGGAACAACGUCAGGAGAGGAAGAGAGAGUUGGGUUCAUUGGUGAAGAGAAAAGAGCGCGGUUUUCAGCAAUAUACUACUACUCAGCAACGGCUAGAGAAAAAAUGUUCCACCUCGAAUCAUCACGAUUACGAUGCCUAUUUGUGUUUGGGUCAAGGAGGACAGUUGGUAGAGAAGAAUUAUUAUGGUCCCUUGUUGGUGUAUAGUAGUAAUAGUAGUGCUUCUAAUAAUUCAUCAUCGGAUGGUCAGGAUGAAGAGGAGA